AUGCCUCCCCCACGAAUACGACCGCUCUCCGCGCUCCUCUUCCGCUCAAAAACUCCUCGACCUCACGCCACCUUCUUCACCCAACGAACAAACCCCCAGCGACCGCAUAAACUCACCACGCUCCUCUCCCGCCUUCGCCUCUACCACUCCAGCGCCCUUCCAAACCCCCUCCGCACAACAACAUGGUACCUCCAAACACUCAAAUCAGCCGCCAAAUUCUUUCUCGUAUUCCACAUCUUCACGACCUACAUCGGCACCAUAGGUCCCACCCAUGGCAUCUCCAUGAUCCCCACGAUCCCGCACUCCUACAUCUCCACCCCGUACAUCCUAACCUCACACCUCCACCGCCGCGGUCGCAACAUCACCGUCGGCGACGUAGUAACCUACGUCACGCCCGCGAAAACCUCCACCAUAGGGUGCAAGCGCGUGGUCGGCAUGCCGGGCGAUUUCGUCUCUAUAAUAAGUUCCGGCAGAGGCAACGAGGACCUAGAGAAGAGCGAUGAAGAGGGCGACUGGGCGAACGUGAAGGAGGAGGUCGUGCGAGUGCCGGAGGGGCAUUGUUGGCUUGCGGGCGAUAAUCUGGAGUGGAGUAGGGAUAGUAGGGUAUUUGGAGCUGUGCCGCUGAAUCUGGUGAGGGGAAAGGUGUUGGCGGUUGUGUGGCCGCCGAGUGCUUGGAAGGUCUUGGGUGGGGAAGAAGGGUUGAGGGAUGCGCGUGAUGGGGAGUAUGAGCCUGUUGUUGCACGGUGA